AUGGGCAAAGGAUUGGGUUGGCUACAAAAGCUUCAGUCAAUAAUUGCACAUAAUGAAAGUUAUGCAAAGGGCUCUGUAGAAAGAGUCAAUUCACCAGAACGUUAUUUGUUGUUCACAAACAUAUGGAAUUUGGAUCGGGACAUCUCCGAGUACUUAUCUAAAAUAUCAAAAGAUAAUUCUGUAGAAGGAAAACUUCACAAAAUAGAAAAGGGGAUAAAUGAAAUUAUCGAGAUGCUCGAAAAAGAAUCAGAUGCAAGAACAAAAGGCGCAAAAACGAACAUUGAUGAACAUCCACAUACCAAUUUAUCAUCAGAAACUGAACUUUCAUUUCUUAGCUUUCAGCGUUCUGCUGACUUCGUUGAAGGCGGUCUUUAUCAAAUCUUUGGUGUUGUGCAUUACUGUUCAAAUCGUUUUUAUCUAAUCAGAAUAUGCACUCAAUACAGGUCUGAAUUGGAAUAG